GGCGGGGCGCGGGGGCGGGCGGGGCGCGGAUUGGCCGGCGGGCGGGGCCGGCGGGGUUUUCUCCCGGGCUGGACUGACGGCCGCGGCCGGGAACUUCGGGAGUGUGCGGGUGUCGGCGGCCGUUCGAGCGGCAAGCAAGAUACUGUGCUGAUAUCCAGUUGUCAUAGUUGAUUUCACUCUACAAAUUUUCAAGAUUCCUACUGGAGUGAAAGUGUCAGUUGUGAUAAUGACAACUGAAGUUGGUUCAGAGACUGAAGUAAAGAAGGAUUCUGAGCAGCUGGGACCAGACAAAACCAAGGACAAGCCUGAAGAAACAUCAGAGACUCCAGGAGAUCAAAAGUCCAGGGAAACAUCCUCUGGAGAAACUCAAGAUUCUUCUGUCACAGCACCAACCAGCCAAAGUAGUCCAAGUACCCAGAAGAAGGAAAAAUCUUCGCCUGAAAGCAAGGGUAUUUCUCGUUUCCUUCCCCCUUGGCUUAAGAAACAAAAGUCCUACACCUUGGCAGAGCCCAAAGAUGAGCCCAAGAAGAAGGCCACAGGGGAAGAGCAAGUAGCUGAAGAAAGUGAAAGCCAGGCACUAGAGGGGGUGGCUCAGCCGAGAAAGAGCUUGGAAGAAGCAACUGAAAACCGGCAGAAUGCUAAAGCAGAUGACAAACACUCAGUUAGCAGUGCUGAAAUACAGCCUUCCAAAGAAGAUGGUAAAGAAACAGAAGUAGAGGAAGUUGCAGAGAAAAAGGAAGAAGCACAAGAAGAAAAAGAAAAAAGGGAGACAAAAGAAGUGCAGACAGCUGAAAUUAAAAUAGAUAACAUUCCUAAGAAGUCUCCAAAGAAAAUCAAAACUGUGCAGUGUAAGGUGAUGCUUCUGGAUGGCACGGAAUACAGCUGUGACCUAGAGAAAAGAGCAAGAGGACAAGUGCUGUUUGAUAAAGUAUGUGAGCACCUCAAUUUACUGGAAAAGGACUAUUUUGGGCUGUUGUUUUAUGAGAAUUCAGAGCAGAAGAACUGGCUAGAUUCUUCGAAGGAAAUUAAGAGACAAAUUCGAAGUCUACCUUGGAUAUUCACCUUUAAUGUGAAGUUUUAUCCCCCUGAUCCGUCACAGUUGACUGAAGACAUCACUAGGUAUUUCUUGUGCCUACAGCUUCGCCAGGAUAUUGUAUCUGGCCGACUGCCGUGUUCUUUUGUGACUCAUGCCCUCCUUGGUUCAUAUACCCUGCAGGCUGAGCUGGGUGAUCAUGACCCAGGGGAGCACAGCAGUGAUUAUAUCAGUGAAUUCCAGUUUGCACCCAAUCAGACUCAAGAAAUGGAAGAGAAAGUGGCUGAGCUACACAAAACACACAGGGGCUUGACUCCAGCACAGGCAGAUUCCCAGUUCCUAGAAAAUGCUAAGAGACUUUCCAUGUAUGGAGUGGAUUUACAUCAUGCCAAGGAUUCUGAAGGUGUGGAUAUCAUGCUGGGUGUUUGUGCUAAUGGCCUGCUGAUUUACAAAGACAGACUCCGGAUCAACCGCUCCGCUUGGCCAAAAAUUCUGAAGAUUUCCUACAAGCGAAGUAAUUUCUACAUCAAAGUCAGGCCAGCAGAACUGGAACAGUUUGAGAGCACUAUUGGGUUUAAACUGCCAAACCAUCGGGCUGCUAAAAGGUUAUGGAAGGUUUGUGUGGAGCACCAUACUUUCUUCAGACUUCUCUCACCAGAACAGCCUCCAAAAGCGAAGUUUCUGACCUUGGGUUCCAAGUUCCGCUACAGCGGCCGUACGCAGGCGCAGACCCGGCAGGCCAGCAACCUCAUAGACAGACCAGCUCCGUACUUCGAACGCACUUCCAGCAAACGUGUUUCCAGGAGCCUUGAUGGAGCUCCCAUGGGUAUUUCAGACCAAAGUCUUCUAAGAGACUUCUCUGCUACUGGAGGGCAGGCUGCUGGAGAUAAAAUCAUUGAUCUUGAAGCUGCUGGUCAGGCCAAGUUAAAAGAAGGUGGCAGAGAAGAAGAUGAAAGUCCACUCAAAACUCCACAAUUAGAAUUGACUCAGGAUGGAAAGAUCAGUUCCUUGAGAGUAGACGGGGAAAAUAUUUAUGUCAGACAUAGCAAUUUAAUGUUGGAGGACCUGGAUAAGACCCAGGACGACUUACUGAAACACCAGGCUAGCAUUAGUGAGCUCAAGCGCAAUUUCAUGGAAUCCACACCCGAACCACGCCCAAAUGAGUGGGAAAAGCGGCGUAUCACACCUCUGUCCCUACAGACACAAGGGAAAAAAGGAGACCACAUUUUCCAAGUGAAAACACUUCCUGGGAAGGAGAAACAAUGGAUUACAAUGCCAUGGAUUGCUGGAGCAAAACCAGAGGAAACCGAUAAGAGCCUGGAAGAGGAGAUAACCUCCAUUUUGUUUAGUAAGGAGCGCUUCGGCGCCGGCACCAGCGGGCCCUUCGCCGCCGCCAGCCCGGGGCCAGCAGAGGGCGCUGCGGGGGAGCAGACGGGCGCCGCCGCGCCGGGGCCCCAGAGACAUGUUUCCAGAGCAGAAGGGCCUUGUACUGGAGUCAGCGAUGCUGAUAAGAGUUCACAUGAGACUCUGGACAUAGUGGAGGAGAAGAAGCAGGCAGAGUUUGGGAUAGAAGAAACACUAGUCGUAGACGAAACCAACAAAGGGAAAAUGCAAGUUGCCACUGAUGCUGGGGAGACUUGUAAGGUGGAGCACGUGUCAAAAAAGGACUCUUCAUCAUUGCCAUCAGAUAGUAGCAGCAGCAGCAGUAGUAGUGAGAGUGAGGAUGAAGAGGUGGGAGAAUACCAUCCACAUCAUAGGGCAAUUGAGGAGGUCAUCAGGGAAGAACAGGAAGAAGAGGAAGACAUGAAAAGGAAAGAACAUGAAGAAAAUUCGCAGCAUGUGGAAGCCAUACCAGAAGGCAGUAAAGUAAAUGUACCAGUUGAGCACACACAAGUUACAGCUGAAGAUUUGGUCCAGGAAAAUACAGUUACUGUAGCUACAAAAGAGAAGAAUUUGUCAGAACAAAUUAAGCAAGAUGUAGGUGAAGAAAAAGAGGAGGAACAGCUGAAACUCAAUGGAGAUGUGUCUCAUGUUGACAUUGAUGUUGCACCACAAUUAAUUUGUUGUUCUGAGCCUCCAGUAGUGAAAACAGAGAUGGUAACCAUUUCAGAUGCCACACAGAGAACUGAAAUCUCCACUAAAGAAAUUCCAAUUGUUCAAACAGAAACUAAAACUAUCACAUAUGAAUCUUCACAGCUUGAUGGCAAUGCUGCUGGUGACACUGGCGUGCUGGUGAGUGCACAGACAAUUACAUCAGAGUCAAUUUCUACUACCACAACUACACACAUCACAAAGAUGGUAAAAGGUGGUGUAUCAGAAACAAGAAUUGAGAAGCGCAUUGUCAUUACUGGAGAUGCAGAUAUUGACCAUGAUGAGGCCCUGGCACAGGCAAUCAAAGAAGCCAAAGAACAGCACCCUGACAUGUCUGUGACAAGAGUGGUGGUGCACAAAGAAACUGAACUUGCUGAGGAAGAUGAAGACUAAAAUCAAAAAUGCUCUCAAGCAAAUACUUCAGAAAUAUAAAUGUCACUGACCACGAAGAACUGUAGUCAUUCCAAGUCAUCAUGACUCCACUGAAUCCACCAGGCCUAGCAACAAUGACCAGAUGUUCACGACUUAAAUGCCAAUACCAAACUCCAUUUUAACAUCUUUGGUCUAUAUUCCCUUACAGUCUUUCUUGUUUAUUUUUAUAACCACUUCUUAACAAUCUUAGAGUUUUGGUUUUUUUUAAUGAAGUUCUAGAGGGUAUGAUCUCCUUUUGCACAAAUACUUGUAUUUUUGAAACUGAUUCUUAAUUAUAUGAAAGUGAACAAAGGAAGUCUGGAAAUCAUUGUUCACUGGAGCAGGUGAUAAUUGUGUGGGAAGGAGAAUCUUUACUAAUUUAGAUAUAGUUUUUUUCAGAUAUUUCAAGUGAAAUCUCUUACUGGAGUAAUUUACAGAAUUUUUUUUCAGAUUAUUCAGGUAAAUAUAUGAUAUCACAUAAUGAAGUUUUUUAUAAAAAUAAAACAUUUGCUAAAAUUUGAAAAAAUAUAUUUCUUGGGAUAAAUUUUAUACUGGUAUCUCUGUAACUCUUUCUUUUCCAAGGUGCUCCUCUCUGCGGAGCAGAGAUGGUGUGGCAGUCUGUAGAGGAGAAGGAGUUGCAGACAGAUUUCUUCUGACUGAGCACUGUGUUCUUUUUGCACUUUGGUGCCAAUGCUCAACUUUUUGCAGACUUUUUGCUGUCUGCAGCAUUCCAGAUAAGGAAAGAAGGAAGAACAAAAUAUCUUUCUCUUUUUCCAACAAGAGAUGAUCUAGGCAGCUUAAAACCGUAGUGCUUUUUUUUCUUACUGUGUCCCAAUUGCAGUACUUCCAUUAUUUGGAUACAUGUGUAGAAUGCUCGCUUGCUAUUAAACCUCACUGUGUCUUCAUGUUAGAACUGACAUUUCUGUUACAGAGAAGGUAUAUGUUUCACAGGCUUCCUCUAAUGGUUAAUGCAGGUUUUUAGGCUACUGAAUAAAAGAUGUAAGAUGAACUCCACUCAUAAAGUAGUACGAGAGUACCAUCAGUUGAGACUGCCAUGGCAAAAACCUGUUAAUUAUAUUGGGGUUUAUUUUUAAUUUGUUCUUGCUGGGGGGUUAUUUGUUUGGGGUUUUUUUUUGCUGUUGACUCUGUGUAUAGUUAAAAUGCCAAAUUAGAUAUAUAGUAGCUUAAAGUUGUAUUAAGUGAUAUUUUGCUUUCUGUAAUUCUGUUAUAAAAUAAAGUUGUUUAUUCUCUGUA